CUCCACCUCAAACUUUGAACAACUUAACUGUUGGUGAAUUAGCUGUUUGUGGCCGUUGACAUGCGUUGAGAAAGAUCAAAAACAGGGAAAAUGCUUACCAUAAGAAUUAGCUGAAAACGCCGUUUCAAAAGUCUUACUCUUGCAUGACAACGCUCGACUACAUAUUGCAGGAGUUGUCAAGAAUACACUGCUGCUCGAAUGGGAAGCUCUGUCGCAUUCAGCAUACUUACCAGACACAGCGCGUUCUGAUUACCCUUGUUCAGAUCGAUGCGGCAAGACUCGCUGCCAAACGCUUGUCGUUUUUUCAUCACGGUAUUGCCAUGUAAUUGCUUUUUUCAAACGAAGAGAUGAUCAGAAGGCGUGUACGCAUUUAGUAAUAUAACAAACAAGAAAACCGAAUUUAAAGAAAUUUUUUAUAGUAUUUAUUAGUUGGUUUUGCGUGUUAGUAUCCCCUUCGCAAAAACGUCUCAGGGUUUCUUAUUCAAUGUAAAUUGGCCACUUAUAACUGAUUUCCCAGAAAGAAUUACUUCGAUUCGAUAUUUAAUGUGUCAAAAAAAUAUUCAAAGAAGACUGUACCAGCUUUCCAAACAAGUACACAGAAGAGGCUUUACAUAUAUAGUGUUUUUUUAACACCGUUUUAAUAAUUUAAUUUUUUCUCAGAAUAUCACACAUGCCCGUUGAGGGGCUUUGUAACACCUUUGCGUUAAAAGAGACUAUUGGAAUGAGACAGGCUUCUUUUUGUCGGGAAAGCAAUGAAUUUAAAAAUGCAAAAAAAUCUUUUCCGCAUAAAUCAGCUGUUUUACGUAGUCUCCUGGAUAGGUAAUUCAAAAUAAAUUGACAUGAAAAGAAGAAGAAGAAACCGAUUCAGUGAAUAGGAAAUUUUAAUAAGAUAAGCAAAUAAUAUAAAAUGAAGCGUAUAAGCGAAAAAAAAUUGGAAGCUUUUACAGUCGGCACGAUGGGCAAACGCCAGCUGUCGAAAAAAGAACUGGAAGAGCAAAAGAAGAAAGAAGAUGAAGCCGCCGCAGCGCAUGCCUUCCAAGAAUUUGUGGAAACAUUUCAACAAACCCCUAACCCAUCGGCAAAAAUUUGGAUUAAGGCUGGUACUUAUGAUGCGGGUUCCAGAAAGGAAGACAAUCGCGAAAAAGGCAAGGUAUACAAACCGUCUUCCAAAUUGGUUGAUGACAAAUCCGCUACCGAUAAAGCUCAAGAAUAUGCUAAAAUGUUGGCUUCCGAUUUAAAAAAGGAUGUGUUGCCCUUGAAAAAGAAAAAUCAAGAAAAAAAAAAAAGCAAUUUGGAACUAUUUAAAGAAGAGCUGAGACAAAUUCAAGAAGAGCGAGAGGAACGUCAUAAAUAUAAACAUAUAAUGACUCAAUCAAGUGCUGUUCCUCACACUCCGGAGCAUCAUUCGCAUGCCUCAGAAGUUCGGGAAACUAAUACCGGUUCAUUUGACACAGGUGAUCCAAAUACCACAAAUUUGUAUUUGGGUAAUCUUUCACCAAAGAUUUCCGAGCAACAACUUAUGGAAAUUUUUGGACGUUAUGGACCGCUUGCAAGUAUAAAAAUUAUGUGGCCACGUUCGGAGGAGGAAAAGCAAAGAGGCCGUAAUUGUGGUUUUGUGGCUUAUAUGAGUCGCAGAGAUGCUGAACGGGCUUUAAAAACUUUAAAUGGUCGUUACAUUAUGGGUUAUGAAAUGAGACUGGGUUGGGGCAAAGCGGUGCCCAUUAUGAAUCAACCAAUUUUUAUUCCUCCACCUUUAUUAGAGCUAACAAUGCCUCCGCCACCGUCAGGUUUGCCUUUCAAUGCUCAAGCUCCACCUAGCGAAGCAGCGAACGUACCCAAGAAGAAUUAUAAAGAAUAUACUAGUGAUGAAGAAAAAGAGAACAUGGAAAGGAUUUUAAAGAAAGCCGUGGUUAAAGUGAUAGUACCAACUGAAAAGACUGUUUUACAUGUCAUACACCGCAUGAUCGAGUUUGUUAUUCGUGAAGGUCCCAUGUUUGAGGCUUUAAUUAUGAAUCGCGAAAUAGAAAACCCUAUGUUUUCAUUUCUUUUCGAUAAUGAAAGUCCGGCUCACAUCUACUACCGUUGGAAAUUGUUUUCGUUGUUGCAAGGUGAUUCUCCAAAUGAAUGGAAUGAAAAAGAAUUUCGCAUGUUUAAAAGUGGUCCCAUCUGGCGCCCUCCAAUUGCUAACUUUUACACGCAAGGAAUGUCAGAUGAACUAGUCGUUGAUCCUGAUGCCCCUGAGGUCCAUAAAGGAGCAUUGUCAACCGCGCAACGUGAUCGUUUAGAAGAUCUUAUACGACAUUUAACACCUGAGCGGUCUAAAAUUGGAGAUGCGAUGAUAUUUUGCAUAGAGCACGCUGAUGCGGCUGAUGAGAUAUGCGAAUGUGUUGCUGAGUCGUUAGGCAAUCCAUCCACAUUGGCUUCGAAAAAAAUUGCUCGUUUAUAUUUGGUGUCCGACAUAUUGCACAAUUGCACUGUCAAGGUGUCUAAUGCCUCCUUCUUUCGAAAAUCAGUUGAACGGCAUUUGUUAGAAAUAUUUGAAAACCUACAUAGCUUUUACAAUGCUAUAGAAAGCCGUUUAAAAGCAGAAGGUUUCAAGUCACGUGUUUUAAAUGUUUUGCGAGCUUGGGACGAUUGGGCGGUGUACUCGAAGGAGUUCUUAAGUCAAUUGCGUUCAGUUUUCUUAGGCAAACAACAGAAUCAGCCAGCGUCUCCUCCACUUGAAGAAGUAAAGGAAGUAGAGGAUAUAGACGGAGCUCCACUAUCGGCCGAUGAGAAAGAAGACGAAGACUUGGAUGGAGUUCCCUUAGAUGGUGCUGCCCUUCUCAAAGGAGUCCUAAUGCGUGGCUUACCAGAGACGCAACACAAUAAGACUCCGAUUAACCGAAGCCAGGACGUUAGUCAAGAUGCAGACUAUAAUGAUGACAUUGAUGGUGUACCGUUGGAUGAAGACAUCGAUGGAAUACCUAUAGCUAUGGAGAAAAUAUCCGCCGAAACUUCCGAAGGUUUACUUAAAGCUGGCUCUAAAAGCGGCGCUUUUAUACCAUCAAAAUGGGAAACUAUUGACCCCGAGCAGGUCGAAGCCCAAGCCGUAACUACAAGCAAAUGGGAUACAUUGGAUGCUCCAGAACCACCAAAAUUUUAUGAUAGCUCUAGUGGGGAUGACAAUAACGACGACGACGAACAUGAAAAAGGUCUUAAUUACGAUGAAUUGAAACGUAAAAAAUUACGAGAAAUUGAAUUGAAAACAAUGCAAUACCAAGAUGAAUUGGAAUCUGGUCAAAGAGAAUCAAAAUCUAGCUGGACAAUAGCUGAGCAAGUUGAAUCUUAUCGCAACAAAUUAAUGAAAAAGGACACGCGUCGAGAAACGCUUUCACCUCUGAGUUGUUUAAAGCAGAAAGAUACAAAAGGCAGUGAAAGCCCCGACAGUGUAAAACGGACACGGCAUCAUAGACGGUCAUCGUCUCCUCACACUAGCGCUCGUUCUAGUCCAACACGUAGCAGUCGCAAGCGAUCACGUUCGCCUGUGGCAUCAGCAAACCGUAAAGAAAUAUCUCCAGCCUCUAGUAGUCGAGGCAGUAGCAGCAAAUAUGGCAAGCGUCAUAAAUCAAGAAGUCUUUCAGUUUCACCACCACACCCACUUGAAAGAACACCGUACAUAUCAAAAUCAUCGCGUUACGACAGUCCGCUAUCGUCAUCAUCGCGUUCACGAAGUGGUUGCGGUGAUCAAAAUUUUAUCAAGAGAGAAAUAUAACUUGGAAUAAAAAAGAACACUUUCUUCAAAAAAAAAAGCAACAACAACCAUUUCGACAUAAAAAGCUAAUUAUAUUCAAAUCCUUCAAU